CUCUUUUAUUUAUUACCUUCAUCCAUUCACCUUUCGUUUCUGGACAAAAUCAUUCUGAGAAUACUGUACUCAGAAUGUUAAGGCCAGUUCUCCUGUUUUCUGUUAUGUUUUCUCUCUAUAUAUCAUCAUCCUACAGCCAACCAUGUGAAAAAUACAACUUUGCUGGCAACCAAAUCUUCAGUUCUUGCAGUAGUCUCCCAUACUUGAACUCGAUCCUUCAUUGGAACUAUGAUCAAUCUGCUAAAACAGUUCAAAUUGCCUACCGGCACAAGGGACCCUCCUCCUCAAGAUGGGUGGCGUGGGCCGUUAAUCCCAGCGGACAAGGCAUGAUUGGUGCACAGGCAAUCGUGGCUUUCAAGAAAUCCGAUGGAACUAUGAGAGCUUACACAGCACCUGUAACUAGCUACCAGACUCAGUUACAGCAAGGGGCGUUGAGUUUCCCAGUUUCUGAUUUGACGGCAUCUUAUACAAGGAAUGAGAUCAUUAUUUUUGCCACAUUAAAGCUUGACAAUCUUAGCUCUACUGUGAACCAGGUUUGGCAAGAAGGCCCACUGUCGGGAGAUUCUCCAGCAAUGCACCUGAAUUCUGGCUCUAACGUUCAGUCAUUUGGGACGUUAAACCUUCUUUCAGGGACAAUAGCCGGAGCCUUAGACUCCAAAACCAGGAAAAAGAACAUCCAUGGAGUGCUGAAUGCAGUGAGUUGGGGGAUCAUGAUGCCUAUGGGUGCUAUCUUUGCAAGAUACCUAAGGGUCUUCCCGUCGGCUGAUCCAGCAUGGUUUUACCUCCAUGCAACUUGCCAAACCUCAGCCUACAUCACCGGAGUAGCUGGCUGGGCCACCGGUCUCCAACUAGGAAGCCAGUCUCCUGAAGUUCAAUAUACUUCGCAUAGGACCAUUGCCAUUGUCCUCUUUUGUCUUGGAACCCUCCAGGUGUUUGCUUUGCUUCUAAGGCCAAAGAAGGAUCACAAGUACAGAUUUUACUGGAACAUCUACCACCACUCAGUCGGAUACUCUGUCCUAAUCCUCAGCAUUCUCAACAUUUUCAAGGGUCUGGACAUUCUAAAUCCAGGGGAGAAAUGGAAGAGAGUGUACGUUGAAAUCCUAAUAGGUCUGGCUCUUGUUGCUGCAACCUUGGAGGUUUACACAUGGUAUGUAGUUGUAAAGAGGAAGAAGUCUAGUAGUCCUCAGAAGAAGACGCAGAAUGUGAUCAACGGAACAAACUGGCACAACGGAUAUGGAGCUAGGACACAAAUAGAGCAUGAAAAUUGUUCGAUUUGAAAUAUUACAUCGACACCUAUGGCAGUCAUUUUUCACAUAUAAGAUGUUACCCUUAGCCAUCCAGCCUCCAGAGAGGUGCAGAGUUCUUUUGCGCCUAAACACAUGGAUACGAAACAAAACCAUUCAUUUAUAUUUAUUGUUCUUUCGUGUGCUGCAAUAUGUCCAUUUUUGUUUCCUCAAUGUAAGCGCGAAUUUUAUUUUUUGAUAAACAGUGUAAGCGCAAUUUAUGUUCUGCAUGUCCGCCGAAAUUUCAAUCGACGACCAGG